CUUCAAAUAAGUGAAGACCUUCAACAUGGAUGAGGAUGUGGGUCUUCCUCAGGACCACCCAGAGUUGCCACUCCUUGAUGUGGGACAACUUCGUCAAGUACACUGACAUCUACCCAGAAAACACCCACAUGCUGGAUGGGAAUGCAGCUGACCUGCAGGCUGAGAGGGACGCCUUUGAAGAGAAGAUCAAGGCUGCAGGAGGGACUGAGCUGUUUGUUGGAGGCAUCGGCCCUGACAGAUACAUUGUUUUCAAUGAGCCGGGUUCCAGGCUGGUGUCCAGGGCCCAUGUGAAGACGCUAGCCAUGGACAUCAUCCUGGACAAAGCUAGAUUCUUCUAUGGAGAUCUCACCAAGGUGCCCACCAUAGCCCUGAUGGAGGGGGCAUGCACUCACAUAGAUGCUACGGAGGUGACCAUGAUCCUCAGCACAGGUGCUCACAGGGCAUUUGCUCUGUACAAAGCCAUAGAGGAGGGAGUGAACCAUAGGUGCACCAUGUCUGCCUUCCCACAGCAUCUCUGCACCGUGUUUGUGUAUGAUGAGGAUGCCACCCUGGAGCUUAAAGGGAAGACUGGUCAAGUAUUUCAAAGGUUUAAUUCUUGUUCAUAACAAGUUGGUGGACCCCUUGUACAGUAUCAA